UCCAAGGACUCUGCACGAAGUACAUGUUCAGUACCGUGGAUGGUGGCGUAAAUAUCCGGAUUGCUUUAUACCCGUGAUUCAGACCCAGCGAUUCAAUCAGUCUCUCCGAUUGUAUGAACUUGAGGCAGAAAUUCGUGCUUGCGACUCUCGCCAUUCCCAUAACUGGUGAACCGUUCACCGUUCAAUGGCUAAAAAUAUACAUACAUGCUUUCAUUCCGGCAUUUUUAACGAUGUCGCCGAUACAGUCCAACCGUAUCGCUGUUCGGAAAUGGAGAUUGGAAGAGGGGGGGGCGGUGUAUUGGCAGUCGUUGUAUGGAGACGCAGUAAGGCCGAACGUGAGUACAAUAUACCUUUCAUAAAGAGGUUGCCUGUGUCACUGUUCAUAUCAGAGGAGAAGGUCCGUACCUGUAUCAUAUUAUGUACAGACGCGGGGGCUUCAAAAGGCAGCCCCAGCAAGGUACGUGGAAAACAGUG